AUGUGGCCUCUCCUUGCUUUCGUCUUGCUGGUGUCUGCAGCUCAGGAUGAUGAUAAGGUGCUGGAAGGCGAGGAGUGUGUGCCCCACUCGCAGCCGUGGCAAGUGGCCCUCUUCGAACGUGGCCGAUUCAACUGUGGCGCUUUCCUCAUCUCCCCGCGCUGGGUGCUGACCGCUGCCCACUGCCAAACCCGCUUCAUGAGGGUGCGCCUGGGCGAGCACAAUCUCCGCAAGCACGAUGGCCCAGAACAGCUGCGGUCUGUCUCUCGCAUCAUCCCGCACCCGCGCUACGAGGCUCGGACCCAUCGGCACGACAUCAUGUUGCUGCGACUUCUCCAGCCAGCCCGGCUGUCACCCCAGGUGCGCCCCGUGGCUCUGCCCACGCGCUGCCCGCUUACCGGCGAGAACUGCGUGGUGUCAGGCUGGGGCCUGUUAUCAGACAACAAGCCUGGAGCCCCAGGGAGCCGGAAGUCACAAGUGAGACUCCCGGAUACGCUGCACUGUGCCAACAUCAGCAUUAUCUCCGAGGCAUCUUGCAACAAGGACUACCCAGGUCGCGUGUUGCCCACCAUGGUGUGUGCCGGCGUCGAGGGCGGUGGCACGGACUCUUGUGAGGGUGACUCUGGAGGACCCUUAGUCUGUGGGGACGCCCUGCAGGGCAUUGUAUCCUGGGGUGACGUCCCCUGUGAUACUACCACCAAACCUGGCGUCUACACCAAAGUCUGCAGCUACGUGGAGUGGAUCCGGGAAAACAUGAGAAGGAACUGA